AUGCGACACAACAACUUCCCAGGAGUAAAUCGGGCAGCACAACAGCCUCCCAAGUGUGCCCCGGUCGCCACUAGCAGCAUCCUAGCCGGACCAAGGCCCCAUCCUAAGGACCAUCGGAAACCCCUAGCCAACAACCCGCAGUUCCCAGCGUGUCUCGACGAGAAACGUGACGUCCGUGUCCCGCUCCCAACGCACGUCGCACGCUCGCGCCCCUCUCCCAGCGCAUAUUGCCGCCUACUGAAAAACGAGACCCACGAAAUUCACACAACCCACUCCCACCCAGCACCCGUGUUGACCAACACACAACCAGCUGCAAUCCCGACAGCCACUCGACGCCAUCCGCACAUUUUGCACGACUCGCGAAAUUGUCAGCGACCCCGGGACGUUUGGCGAGGCAAUUCCCGUGUCAUUUACGAUCUUUGCUGCUACAAAUUCGGAGCUUAUCUUCUGAUUUCUCCAGCCGAGAAGGGGGAUUGGGAGAAAAAGAAAAUGCCACUUUAUGACUGCAUGCUUCUGUUGAAACCGAACGUGAGCAGGGAGGCCAUGAUUGAUCUCCUUGCACGAGUAGGAAAGCACAUCUACAGAAGAAAUGGAGUGGUGACUGAAAUGAGGUCCUUUGGAGAGGUUCAUUUGGGUUAUGGCAUAAAGAAACUUGACGGACGAUACUAUCAAGGUCAACUGAUGCAGAUGACGACAAUGGCCCCACCAAGUCUCAACAGCGAGCUGCACUACCUAAACAAGGAGGACCGCUUGCUGCGCUGGAUCAUGGUAAAACACCGUGACAUAAAAUUGAUAGAGAAUAAUGAUGCUGAAAGUGAGAUGAAGAGUUUGAGAAGCAAUUUGUUUAACGAUGAUAGCACUGAGGAGGAGGAUGAGGAGGAUGGGGAUUCUGAUGGGGACCAAUCUGAAACAAUGCAUCAUCAAGAAUGA